AUGGCUUCUCUGGUGGCUUAUGAUGAUUCGGACUCGGAGGCUGAGCCGGAGCCCGUGGGAAGUUGUAAUGCUGUUGGCCGGAUGCAGGAUACUUCUGAUGUGGACAGAACUGGCCAGCAGGAUCUCACCCCUGGCCUGCUGGACAUGACGGACAGGGGCCCACAGCCCACCAAGCAUGGGCCCGAAGCUCCAGGAAGCCUUUGCAAAGGUUUGGACGGUCACCGUCUCCCGCUGGCUCGACUUAGGACCAGUGACUGGAAGUCUCACCCAAGCCACAGGCUGCAGUGGUCGCAGAAGGAGCCUGCGCCCACCUUCCCGCUCAGGGAGCCUCCACGCCCUUCCCUGUGGACCAGCCACACUCCAGCUGGCCACGUACCCCUGGUGGCUGCCCACUUCAAAGGACCAAAGUGCUCCUGGGAAACCCGUGACUCCCCUGAGCCGACCUCCUGUGUUCAAACCCAAUCUGAUGUCAUCGGGAAAAAUGGCAAUUUGUUUCCGAAGAAGAGGCAUGAGCAGUGUGUCAUACCAUACACCCCAAAAAGGCUAAGACAGUCACAGGCAGCAAACCCCGACCAGGGCGGAUGCACAGGUGUGGAGCCCCAGGCUCCCUUGGCAGGUGGUGUCCCAGGCCCUGCCCCACAUGGGGUGGCCCCCAGAGUGUCCGAGUUCAUCCGGCCAUACUUGGACAGUCAGUAUAAGGAGACCCAGAUCUCCAGGAACGUGCUCUUCCACCUUCGUGGCCACAGGGGCCCCGUCAACAGCGUCCAGUGGUGCCCCGUUCUUCCUCAGAGCCACCUUCUGCUUUCCUCAUCUAUGGACAAAAGCUUCAAGGUGUGGGAUGCUGUGGACUCGGGACAGUGCCUGCAGACCUACACCAUGCACACCGAGGCGGUGCGGGCUGCCCGCUGGUCUCCCUGUGGCCAGCGCAUCCUGAGCGGCGGCUUCGACUUUGCCCUGCACCUGACAGACCUUGAAACAGGGACCCAGCUCUUUAGUGGCCAAAGUAACUUUAGAAUCACUACCUUGAAAUUUCAUCCCAAAGACCACAGCCUUUUUAUCUGUGGAGGCUUCAGCCCCGAAAUCAAAGCUUGGGACAUACGGACUGGCAAGGUGGUGAGAGGCUACAAAGCGACUGUUCAGCAGACCCUGGACAUCCUCUUCCUCCAGGAAGGCUCUGAGUUUCUGAGCAGCACAGAUGCAUCGAGCCGGGACUCCGCUGACCGCACCAUCAUCGCCUGGGACUUCCGUAGCUCCGCCAAGAUCUCCAACCAGAUUUUCCAUGAGCGGUACACCUGCCCCAGCCUUGCCUUGCACCCACGGGAGCCUGUAUUCCUGGCACAGACCAAUGGCAACUACCUGGCCCUCUUCUCCGCUGUGUGGCCCUACCGCAUGAGCAGACGGCGGCGUUACGAGGGACACAAGGUGGAAGGCUACUCGGUGGGCUGUGAGUGCUCCCCCGACGGGGACCUGCUGGUGACAGGCAGCGCUGAUGGCCGGGUCCUGCUGUACACCUUCCGCACGGCCAGUCGGGCACGCACGCUGCAGGGACACACACAGGCCUGCGUUGGUGUCACCUUCCACCCUGUGCUGCCCUCUGUCCUCGCCACCUGCUCCUGGGAGGGGGACGUGAAGGUCUGGCACUGA